AUGGCGAGGCUCUGCCGGCGCGUCCCUUGCACCCUGCUCCUCGGCCUGGCCGCGGUGCUGCUGAAGGCGCGGCUGGUCCCCGCGGCCGCCAGAGCCGAGCUCAGCCGCUCCGACCUCAGUCUAAUCCAGCAGCAGCAGCAGCAGCAGCAAAGGCAGCGGGAGGAGGCUGAGGAGGAGAGGCCAGGGGUGCCCGGGGCAGCCUCUACCUUGACUGUUCCAGUGUCCAUGUUUAUGCUGAAAGUUCAAGUGAAUGACAUCAUCAGUCGUCAGUACCUGAGUCAAGCAGUUGUAGAAGUAUUUGUAAACUACACGAAGACAAAUUCUACUGUAACUAAAAACAAUGGAGCAGUGUUGAUAAAAGUACCCUAUAAAUUAGGACUCAGCUUAACCAUUAUUGCUUACAAAGAUGGUUACGUGUUGACGUCUCUGCCUUGGAAGACUGGAAGAAUGCCAAUAUAUUCAUCAGUUACACUUUCACUGUUCCCGCAAAGUCAAGCAAAUAUAUGGCUAUUUGAAGACACUGUUUUAAUUACUGGAAAAUUAGCAGAUGCCAAAUCUCAACCAAGUGUUCAGUUUUCAAAAGCCUUAAUUAAACUUCCUGAUAACCAUCAUAUUAGCAAUGUUACUGGCUAUCUUACAGUUCUACAGCAGUUUCUAAAAGUGGAUAAUUUUCUGUACUCAACUGGAAUUACUCUCAGUAAACCAGGUUUUGAAAACAUUGAAUUGACUCCUCUUGCUGCGAUAUGUGUGAAAAUAUAUUCUGGAGGAAAAGAAUUAAAGGUGGAUGGCUCUAUUCAGAUUUCUCUUCCACUUCUACAUACAAAUGAUAUAAGUGUGGGGGAUCGCAUACCUGCUUGGACAUUGGAUAUGAACACAGGUGCUUGGGUAAAUCAUGGCCGGGGGAUGGUCAAAGAACAUAACAAUCAUUUAGUUUGGACAUAUGACGCACCACAUUUGGGCUACUGGAUAGCAGCUCCACUUCCUGGAUCUAGAGGCUCAGGUGCAAAUGAAGAUUCCAAGGACAUAACUGCCUACCACACAGUGUUUCUUACAGCCAUAUUAGGAGGAACAAUAGUCAUUGUCAUUGGAUUUUUUGUUGUGCUGCUUUGUUAUUGCAGGGGUAAGUGUGGUACUCCACAGAAGAGGGAAAGAAAUAUCACUAAACUUGAGGUCCUCAAGAGAGACCAGACAACUUCAACAACACACAUAAAUCACAUCAGUUCUGUCAAAGUUGCAUUAAAAGCUGAGGAAAAGUCACAGCUAUUCAAUGCCCAAACCUCCACAUAUAGCCCUCAAAAGAAGGAGCCAGCAAAUGCAGACCCAGAAGAAAGAGUUUCAAUGGUGAAAACUCGGGACAAUUUUAAAAUCUACAACGAAGAUGUUUCGUUUCUGUCAGUCAAUCAGAACACUUACUCACGAAACCCAACACAGUCUUUGGAGCCCAAGGUAGGGUCCAGACAGCCUAACCACAUUAACAACAAUGUGUCUUCGUCAUUAGGUGAUGCUCAAGAGGAAAAGAGGUACCUCACAGGUAAUGAGGGGGUACACGGGCGUUCCCACAUUCCUGAACAGCUUAUGCAUAUCUAUAGCCAGCCCAUUGCCAUCCUUCAGACAUCCGACCUUUUCUCUACUCCAGAGCAGUUACACGCUGCCAAGUCAGCUACUUUGCCAAGAAAGGGACAGCUAGUCUAUGGCCAACGGAUGGAACCAGUACACAGAGAGAACUUUACCCAGACAUUGCCCAAAAUGCCGAUGCAUACUCACGCACAGCCUCCAGAUGCCAGAGAAGAGGACAUGGUACUCGAAGGCCAACAGAGCUUGCCGUCCCAGGCUUCAGAUUGGAGCCGAUACUCCAGCAGCUUACUGGAAUCAGUCUCUGUUCCUGGGACACUAAACGAAACUGUUGUAAUGACUCCGUUUUCAUCAGAGCUUCAAGGUAUUUCAGAACAGACCCUCCUGGAGCUGUCCAAAGGAAAGCCCUCGCCCCAUCCCAGAGCCUGGUUUGUGUCUCUUGAUGGAAAGCCAGUCGCACAAGUGAGACACUCCUUCAUAGACCUGAAAAAGGGCAAGAGAGCUCAGAGCAAUGACACGAGCCUGGACUCUGGGGUGGAUAUGAAUGAGCUUCACUCAAGUCGAAAGCUGGAGAGGGAGAAAACAUUUAUCAAAAGCAUGCAUCAGCCCAAGAUCCUUUACUUAGAAGACUUAGACCUCAGCAGCAGUGAGAGUGGAACCACCGUCUGCUCCCCCGAGGACCCAGCUUUAAGGCACAUCCUGGAUGGAGGGGGUGGAGUCAUCAUGGAGCACCCUGGGGAAGAAUCCCUAGGAAGAAAAAGUACUGUUGAAGAUUUUGAAGCCAAUACGUCCCCCACUAGAAAAAGGGGCAGACCGCCGCUAGCCAAAAGAGACAGCAAGACCAAUAUCUGGAAGAAACGAGAGGAACGCCCACUGAUUCCCAUCAAUUAAUUCCAAUAGUGGUUGUGUUUCUGCUGUCUUGUGCUGUUCUUGCUUCUUGUUGUCAGUUACAGUAUGAACUAAGAAGUGAGACUGAGCAAUCUUAGGGUCCAUUGGCAGUCUCAAGCAGAGUAGAUAGUAAAAUGGUAAUUCAGUAAUCCGAGAGAAAGAUACUGAGGAAUGCUUUUUCUGGCCUAUUUCUUUCAUUUAUUUUGGGUAUUAAUUUGAAAUAUCCAAGUUUUCAAAAUGUAAAGUAGCGUAAGGUGUUAGUUAUCUGAAAACAUUACUUAGCCAGAUGGGCCUUGAUUCUUUAGAAUAACAAUGAAAUGAGUACUCCUAAAGUUGCUUCCAAAAAUAGAAAUGAAACUGUCUUCUUCAGGCUUCGAAUUCCUGCCUACACUUGAAAAUAGCUAGAUAAAUGUUCUGGAUUGAUGUCAUUCUAGAGUUAAAGAGCAAACAACAUUUUUUAAUUGAUAGAAACAGCAUGCAUAUUGUAUCAUCCCGAAACUGGUUGUCAGGGAGAGAGAUACCCAAUAAGAUCUUAGUUAGAAAUUUGAGAGAUCCAAGUUUUAUUUUCAUUUUUUUUCCCUCUCUCAAAAAUAAAUGAGCUUAAUUGUCCAGGAAAACUUUUUCCAAACUGAAAAAAAAAAAAAGUUUAAGGCUCACUGAUACAUGUUACCAAUUUAAAUGUAUUUCUUCUAUUCUAAAACAAACUUAGUCACUUAAAUGGCUAUCAAACUUGUUUUAAAAAAAUCAAUGACGUAGAAGUUUCUUAUGAACAUCAAAACAUUAAAAUAUGUGAGAUAAAGGAUAUAGACAUUUCACCCUUUUUUCUGAAAUGUUAAUGAACAGGAAAAAAAGGCCAUUUUCCAGAGGCUCAAAAACAAUUUCAGGGAUCAGCAUUGUGGCUCAUCAAGUUACGCCCCCACUUAGAUUGCCAGCAUCCCAUAUCAGAGCACCAGUGCCAGUCCCAGCUGCUGCUCUUCUGAUUCAGCUUCCUGCUAAUGUGCCUGGGAAGGCAGUGGAAGAUGGCCCAGGUGCUUGGGCCUCUGUCAUCCGUAUGGGAUACCUGAUGGAGUUCUUGGCUGCAGCUUGGUCCAGCCUGGCCAUAUGGGGAGUGAACUAGUGGAUGGAAGAUCUGUCUCUCCUUCUAACUCUUUCAAAUAAGUAAAUCUUAAAAAAAUAACUUCAGAAUAGUAUCUGGGUAUUUAGAUGGUGGCAUUCAUGAAACAUGUUUGAAGAAAACACUUUCCAUUUCAGGAGAAAAGUAAAAGUUUUUGUUUAAUCAUUUAUGGUCCAACAUUUUUUGGAAAUAAUUUAGUACAGAAUUCAGUGUGAACACAUUCAAGAGCUGUUUUUAAUUAUGUUUUUAACUCUGAAUAAUAAUUCAGGUGUUCUGAAAAUAAAAAGUCUUUGUUAAUUAAAGUCAACCCACCCCAUUUUUUUUUUCUGAAAAUUUCCAUGAAGGCAAAUGUGUGAAGCACCUCUCCUUUUCCUUUUAAGGGAUAAAUAAAACUAAAACUGCUUUAAUUCUCAUCCUUGGACAUUCAACAUGGGAGCAACUUAGAUACCUAAGCAACAUAAACAAGUUGAAAGAACCAAAAUAGUCACAUUAGCUUUAGUAAGACUGUAGAUACAUGUACAAUGAACUACAACGUUUUAGAUUCAGCCAUUUUUUUUUUUCUGUAACCACUUCUAAAACAUUUGUCCUUUCAGGUAAAUCACCUACCUUUAUGUAUUAACCCAAAGAAUGUAAAGACCCUGGCAAAUGUUUGUGAUAGAUUACCCCAAUCCAUGGAAAAGAUAAAUGUUUUGGGUAGUACCUUGUUUUUUUUUUUUUUUUUUUUUUUUUUUGAGUAGCGAUACGGCUCAUAUUUGGAGGAGGCUUCUUAUUGGUCUUACACAGAAAGAUAAAAGCAGCAUGAAUGAAAAUAAUUUGGAAAGGGUUAAUGGAUAGUGCUCUGCUGAAGUGCCUUUGAUAUAGAACUGCAUUAUUAGAAGGAUAUAACAUCUUUUGUAAUUGUACAUUUUCUGUUAGCCAAGUUAAACAGAUGUGCAGUUUUUUAUUAAUUUAAAAAACAUAGACCUAGUGUUUCAUGUUGGAACAAUGAACUUUGCAUGUAAGUAACAUUUAUCUCCUCCUUUUGUGGGUUUAAUUUUUUUUAAACUAGUAUAUAUUGAUAAAUGUUUAUGUUGGAGUGAAUUUAGAAACUGUAUAGCAAAAUGUUGCAUUUCCUCAACAUUUUAAGUAUUUUUCUCACCUUCAAGUAAAAAUAUUUCAUCUCCACUUGGUAAUAGAAUACAUAUAAUGUUAUAAGGUUGCACCAUUCAGUUAUGUCACUUUGUUUUUGUGGAAGGGAAAUGAAACUGUAUUCUAAGGGCUUUUCUAGAACUACUUACUUGGUUUAUGCUUUUUUACACUGCACAUGCUGUUUUCAAUUGGGAAUUUGAGGCAAUUUAUCUUUUUCUAAUGAUCAGAAGAGUGUGGCUCCUUAUUUGUGAGUAGUUCAAAGAUUUCCUGUUAAAAAUCGAAGCCAUCUACUUUUUCUUAACCCAAGUGACAGUAAACCAACAAUAUUCAUUACUUUCUUAAAUUUUUAAAUUGAAAGCCAACAGGUUUUCUGCAAAUGUAAGCCUAGAUAAUUUUGGCCAUAAAUUGUUAACAUUUGUGGAUCCUUUUUACAUACUUCGGAUAUAUCUUGAAGGCAAAACUUCCCUCAAUUAACUGAUGGGUUCAUUUACUAAAAAGCACAGCUAUAUGAAACUUUUGAAUACAUAAUGAUCUUUUGAGAAUUUAUAAAAAUCAAUUUUUAUGACUUUAUGCAGUUGUAUAGGGAUUAUGCCCUUUUAUAGUAGUAUACCACAAAGAUCACAAAUGUUGAGGAAUGAAAGCACUUCUUUGCUUUGGCAAUCGUUUUCAGAUUACUUGCUGUGUUUGAAUUCUCUGGUAUCAAUGCAUAUUAUAGGUUUUUAGAGAUCUGUAUGUCAAAUGAUGUCCCUCCAAACUUCACAAAGAGGUGAAGCUCAAGGUAACACAUUGAUUUGUAAAAUAGGAGUUCCUUAUUUCCCCAUGCACCAGCAUCAUGAGGGAUUUGUCUGUAUUAAUUUCCAUUUCAGAUCUAGAAUUGACAUUUGGCCUUCUUGUUUCCAACUGUUUUUAUGUUUUGUAUUCUUUUCAGAGAAAUCUCACAAUUAGUGUAUUUAUUGCCAUUACUACCACAUUUAC